CGGGAGCAGGGAGCUAGCCCGGAGCUCAGGAGGAAGGCACCGAGAGGUCGGCGGCCGACCGGGCGGCUGGAAGCGCGGCCGGAGCAAGUAGCGCCGACUCCGUUCCAUUCUGGGCCCGGAUCCAGGCCUCCGGGUUCCCAGGCGUUCGCCUCUCUCUGACGCACUUUAAAGAGUCUCCCCCCCUUCCACCUCAGGGCGAGUAAUAGCGACCAAUCAUCAAGCCAUUUACCAGGCUUCGGAGGAAGCUGUUUAUGUGAUCCCCGCACUAAUUAGGCUCAUGAACUAACAAAUCGUUUGCACUACUAGUGAAGAAGCGAGCACUUCCAUGGAUUGUCCUUGGACUUAGGGCGCCCUGCCCGCUUUUGCAAAGGAGAGAAAACUUUUUUUUGCCUCCCCCGAGGACCCCCCCUUCCCUGCCUCUAACUCCAAUCUCCCCCACCCCACGCCACCUCGCUCAAAAAAAAAAUAUUACCCCAAUCCACGCCUGCAAAUUCUUCUGGAAGGAUUUCCCCCCCUUUCUCCAGGUUGGGCGCGUUUGGUGCAAGAUUCUCGGGAUCUUCGGCUUUGCCUUUCCUUCCCCUCCCCCCUCCUUUCCUUUUUCCUUUCCUUUCUUUUUUUCCUUCCUUUCCUUUCCCUACCCCCACCCCAAACAAACGAGUCCCCAAUUCUCGUCGGUCCUCGCCGCAGGCAGCGGGCGGCGGAGGCAGCGCGCUGUGGUCGCCGGGAGCUGGGAGCCCAGGGCGCCCGCUCCUCGGCGCAGCAUGUUUCAGCCGGCGCCCAAACGCUGCUUCACCAUCGAGUCGCUGGUGGCCAAGGACAGUCCCCUGCCUGCCUCGCGCUCCGAGGAUCCCAUCCGUCCCGCAGCGCUCAGCUACGCCAAUUCCAGUCCCAUAAAUCCGUUCCUCAACGGCUUCCACUCGGCCGCCGCCGCCGCCGCCGCGGGCAGGGGCGUCUACUCCAACCCGGACUUGGUGUUCGCCGAGGCGGUCUCUCACCCGCCCAACCCCGCCGUGCCGGUGCACCCGGUGCCUCCGCCGCACGCCCUGGCCGCCCACCCCUUGCCCUCUUCGCACUCGCCACACCCCCUCUUCGCCUCGCAGCAGCGGGACCCAUCUACCUUUUACCCCUGGCUCAUCCACCGCUACCGAUAUCUGGGUCAUCGCUUCCAAGGGAACGACACAAGCCCGGAGAGCUUCCUUUUGCACAACGCUCUGGCCCGAAAGCCGAAGAGGAUUCGAACUGCCUUCUCGCCGUCCCAGCUUUUAAGGCUGGAGCACGCCUUCGAGAAGAAUCAUUACGUGGUGGGAGCAGAGAGGAAGCAGCUGGCGCACAGCCUCAGCCUUACGGAAACUCAGGUAAAAGUAUGGUUUCAGAACCGGAGGACGAAAUUCAAAAGGCAAAAGCUAGAGGAAGAAGGCUCAGAUUCUCAACAGAAGAAAAAAGGGACACACCACAUUAACCGGUGGAGAAUUGCUACCAAGCAGGCGAGUCCGGAGGAAAUAGAUGUGACCUCAGAUGAUUAAAAG